AUGGGGAACAGUGGCUCAGCCGUGAAGGUCUGCACGGAUCACCAAGGAGGCAUCAACUGGCUGAGCCUCAGCCCGGACGGGCAGCGCCUGCUCACGGGUAGCGAGGAUGGCACUGCACGGCUCUGGAGCACUGCCGACAGCCAGUGCCGUGGCCACUUCCAAGGACAUGAAAGUUACAUCACCUUUUGCCACUUGGAGAACGAGGCAGCCUUCACGUGUAGCGCAGAUCAUACCAUUCGAAAGUGGGAUGUGAUGACAGGACAGUGCCUGGCCAUUUACCGAGGACACACAUCAAUUGUGAACAGGAUCCUGGUUGCCAAGGACUAUCUCUUCAGUGGCUCCUAUGAUAGGACGGCUCGCUGUUGGAGUGUGGACAAGGAGAAACAAAUCCAGGAAUUCCGGGGCCAUCGGAACUGUGUCCUGACUCUAGCUCACUAUUCCUCCAGGGAUGUUCUUGAAGAAGAGGAGGAGGAAGAGGAGGAGGAGGAGAAAGUGAGCAGAGACCUCCUGGUGACAGGUAGCACAGACUGCACUGUUAAGGUCUGGUGGGUGUCCAGUGGGCGCUGUUACCAGACUCUGCUGGGACACACUGGGGCUGUCUUAUGCCUUAUACUUGACGCACCAAACAGGGAGCUGUUCUCUGGCAGCACGGAUUAUACCAUUCGAACGUGGAAUAUUGUCACUGGUGAGCAGCUGAAAGUGUUCAAAGAGCAUCAAGGAUCAGUAAUUUGCCUAGAGCUAGUGAAUCGGCACUUGUAUUCAGGAAGCGCGGACAGGACAGUGAAGUGCUGGUUAGUAGACACUGGGGAGCGAAUCCAAACGUACAAGGCUCACAAACACAGCGUUAGCACUUUGAAAUACCACGCUGGGAUCUUGUUCACAGGAAGUGGCGAUGCCUGUGCAAGAGCUUUCAAUUCCAAGAGUGGUGUCCUGCAGAAGAUCUUCCGAGGACACAAGUUCAUCAUCAACUGCAUCCAGAUCCACAACGAGUUGCUCUACACAGCUUCCCACGACGGCACACUGAGGAUCUGGGACAUCCGGGGAAUAUGCAAGAGGAAUAAGCGGCGUUUGAAGAAGGAGAGGUCUGCCCAGGGCAGGAGCUCUCAGAAGGGGAGUCUGUCUCGACUCUUCAACAAUAAAGUCGGCUGUAUGGUACAGCAGGAAAAUGGGGAACACGAGGCUGUUGAGCUAAUGUGA